UUCCUUUCUCUCUCCUCACUCCCCACACUCUCUCUCUCCUCUCUCUUUAAUUCUUUUAAAUCUUUUCUUAAACCCCUUUGCCUUUGGGUUUAUCGUCAUCAUUUCUCUCAUUUCCCCUUUCUUAAUCACUCUAUAAUCCUCCAUUUUUUUCAUGUGAACAAUCUAUCAAACAAAAAGAUGAGAUCUUUGCCGACCGUUAAGUAUUCCGAACACCGGAGUGUCACCAAUAAGAUUUUCGAUUUGAGUUUUCCGUAUCCGAAAAUCGUCAGGAUUUCUGUUCGGGAUGACGAGGCAACUGAUUCUUCCGGUGACGAAGAUGAACCUACGUGCCGUACUCGAGUUGUGAAACAUGUUUCCGAGAUCCGUUUCCAAUUGGGUGACCCGGAACUCCCUAAGAAAACGGAGAAGACCGCUAAAACGGGAAAUGACCGGAGACAAACCGGCGCUCCCCGGAAAUACCGAGGGGUCCGUCAACGUCCUUGGGGAAAAUACGCUGCCGAGAUUCGAGAUCCGGCUACUAAGUCCAGGAAAUGGUUGGGAACUUUUGAGACCGCCGAAGAAGCUGCCGUUGUCUAUGAUGCAGCAGCCAUCCAAUAUCGUGGGCCCCUCGCUCUGACCAACUUCCCCCGGCCGCAACCGGUGGAAGUCACCGUGCCUUCACUUUCCGAGGAGGACUACGAAAUGGGCCAGAGGUUGUGCUCGCCUACCUCUGUUCUACAGUACCAUCAGGGAGGGGACGGGAAUGACGUGGAGGAGAGAGAAACUGAGAAGUUGAAAACAACCGGAAAAAGAGGUGGGCCCAGUAGUAGUAGUAGCAGCUUAACAACAAGCAGUAGCAGUUCCGAUUUGGUUGGUAGCCGGAAACCGGAAGAUCAGGUUAUGAGUUUACCGGGUGGUGAUUUGAUGGAGUUGGAUAUACCAUGUUUUUUGAAUGGGUUAUUUAGUUACGACGACGACGCGCCUAAAUCCAUAUUUUCGGUUGACGAUGGAUGGGGUCUUCUCGCUGAUUUCCCUCCGCUUGAUCAUGGUGAUCUCGAGGAUUUCUCUGCCCUUGAUUUAGAUUUCAACGGUGAUGAUUUCCUUCUCUCGGCGGGAUGCGAAGCAGAUGAUUAUCUUCUUUUGUGAAAUUGGUAAAAAAAAGUCAGAGAUUGAGGAAGGACGGAUUUUUCUCUAUUUAUUAAUUAUCACUAUUUAAAGUAAUUAGAGGGGUUUUGGCCAAAAGAUUUUCCCUAAACUAAUAUUAGUGGGUAAUUAAGGAAAGGAAGUUAAAUUAGCUAAACUAUGUUUGCUAGUACAUAGGAGAGUGUUCUCUCCCUAGCUUUUCUAAAUUCUAAGUGUGCAUAGGAUUAAGCUAGUACUAAUAACUAAUUAGGAUCAUUUUAUGCGAUUAGUGAUGAAUAUUGGACUUUUGGUUUGUAGCUUGGAAGAAACUAUUCUUUCAUUGCUGUCCAUUUUGGUAUUAAUUAAGUAUAUAUCUAUAUAUAUAUUUAAGUAUGGUAUUUUCA